GUCAUAGUGACUUUUUUUUUUAAACAGGCAACAUUAAGUGAUUAGUCACUUUGCUUGGUUCAACAAAAUUUUGUUUUCCUGCUUAAUUUCCGUUAAAAACGGCUAUUCAUCCUUAAUAAAGUGUAAAUAACAUAUCAUAUUAUCAGAAUGUCGUCCCGUAAGACCGCCGGCCGUCGUGGCACAAACAAGAAGCGUGCCCAGCGCGCCACUUCCAAUGUCUUCGCCAUGUUCGACCAGGCGCAGAUAGCUGAGUUCAAGGAGGCAUUCAACAUGAUCGACCAGAACCGAGACGGAUUUGUUGACAAGGAUGACUUGCAUGACAUGCUCGCUUCUCUUGGUAAAAACCCAACGGAAGACUACUUGGAAGGCAUGAUGAACGAGGCUCCGGGCCCCAUCAACUUCACCAUGUUCCUGACGUUGUUCGGCGAACGUCUGCAGGGCACGGAUCCUGAGGACGUCAUUAAGAACGCUUUUGGCUGCUUCGACGAAGAGAACAACGGCGUGAUAAACGAGGAGCGCCUCCGGGAGCUCUUAACCACGAUGGGCGACCGCUUCACCGAUGACGACGUCGAUGAGAUGCUGCGGGAGGCGCCCAUCCGCGGCGGGCUCUUCGACUAUGUGGAGUUCACGCGUAUCCUCAAGCAUGGCGCUAAGGAUAAGGACGAGCAGUAAGGGAGACAACGGCGGUUUUAUAAAGCUGAGGGGUACUAUUUUACAAGUGUUAUAUCUGGUUCUAACUAUAAAACUCCCGUGAGACUCAAAUAUUAUAUUUAUUUUAAAUCAAAUAUUACGAGAGUGAUCCGUUUAAAAUAAUUAUAAUAUGUUAUAUCUGGUUUAAUUUAAGUACCCAAUUAGUGCUAAGAUGACCAAGGAACCUUGGCACUUGUGGAAGGAACAAAAAUGCCGACAAUUUUUAGCAUCUGAGGGCAUUACAAAAAGUACUUUUAUAUUAUGUACUUGUAAAAUAAUUGCUAUUAGCUUUGUAUGGCUAAGGUUGGGUUCCCAAGUAAUACGGUUUACAUUUAAUAGAAUUUAAUAACAUUCUAAGGAUAACUUUGAUUGACUGUACUAAGACCGCAAGUUUAUAUGACACUGCUCCUGAUUCUGUGUGCGAUAUUUAUUUAACUCAUAUCAUAACUCAUGUAUAAACAUGACGUUGACGCCUAAAGCUAUACAGUUAAUAAGUUACCUUGAAUAAUAAUGGCAAAUAAUGAAGACAAUAAAACGUCUCUUGAAGAAACGUUAAUUUUGGUUUCUGUAAUGAUUUCUGUUGACAUUAGAAUUGUUUUGACUGACAUAAAUAUCUCUGCCAAAAGAUACCUAUAGCACGGAAUAAAUAAUAGUACUACCGUACAGAAAGGAAACUUCCUACAAAACCGAAAUUUGACAGCGGUUCAGGGUCGAAUCAUGAUGUCCCUUUCUAAUAUAUGGCACUAUCCCUUUUGGCUAUUUAGGGUUGUCAAAAUUCAGGUCAUUAUCUUAUCUGUGGUCGUGCACGCAAAGAGACGUCAAGUUGUGCCAACCCUAAUAAUUGCUCGGAGCAAUGCUGAGCCGAACGAGGCCGAGUUUGCCCGAAGCUAGGAGUUUCGCACCCCUGCCUAUAGUAUUGUCAUCAACUUAUAAUAAAGUUGGUUAAUAAGCUUCAACGACAUUUUAGUCAGUGUCCGCAAUAACAUUUUUCCACGAAGUGAAUUCAGAUAAACAAUAUUUAAUAAGUGCUGUUAAAUUUACUUGUCAAUCCAACCUUUAUACCUAACGAGUAUAUUUUUUAGAUUUUUAUAUAUUGCCAAACUAAAAAUUGUUAUAAGACAAUUAACCGUUUUAGAUUGUAAGUUUUAAGUUGAUGUUUAUAUGGUUUAUAAAAUCUCUAAAGGUACUGCGGUGCUAAAAUAUAGUACUUAUGAUAUUUAUUGCAUUUUAUAAGUUAUGCAUUUGUCUGAUAUUAUAAUUCCGUUUUUGGACCACUAAUAUAAGUUUUGGCCGUAUUUAAAUAAUUUCCAAUUAUAUGAUUUUAGAGUAGUUUCAUUACGGCUUCUGUAGAAUGUGAUUAGAUCAAAGUAUUAAAUCAUUCCUAGAAUUAAAAUUGGUUGGAAAAUGAAGUAUAUUUUAAGUUAAGA